GAAACGCGAAGAAGCUUUUCUAGUCUCCCUCCAACUUUCCAUUUUUCGCAUUCUUCCAUUUGUUUAUACGCUCACUUUCCGAUCGCUAGGUUUUUUUUUUUGACGCUCCUGUUUGAAUCCCUCGGUGCGGAUAACUAGGGCACGGUUUUCAAUGAAGAAAGGAAGAGGAAGAGAAUAGGUGAUGUUUGUAAUAGGAAGAUAGUUGUUUAUAACUUGAGUAUACAUAGAACAAGAAAGAGAAGGGGAUGCCGCUGUUUAUUUCGGAGGAAGAAUUCCAGCGGUGCUCGGGGGACGCCGGGCUGGUGGCAGAGAGGGCGGAUACAUUUAUCCGGGAACUCUACAGUCAAAUCGAGACGGUCAAGGCGGAGGCUGAUGCGGCGUCCAUCACCCUCGAGCAAACUUGCUCUCUCAUUGAACAGAAAUACGUUUCCCUUUCUGCGGAACACUCGUCCCUCCAGUCUCAGCACUCGGAACUCAACUCUUCCCUUGAACAGCGCACCUCUGAACUCGCGCAACUUCAAUCCGAGAAACAGCAACUCGUGCUUCAAUCUAUUGAGAAAGAUGGAGAGAUUGAGAGGCUGAAAAGGGAAGCAUCAGAACUCCAUAAAUCAAAGAGGCAGUUGAUGGAACUGUUGGAGCAAAAGGAUUUGGAAGUCAGCGAGAAAAAUGCCACCAUUAAGAGUUAUCUUGAUAAGAUUGUCAAUUUGAGUGAGAAUGCUGCAUCAAAAGAAGCACGAGUGGCUGAUCUGGAGUCUGAAUUGGGACGACUGCAGGCUACAUCUGCCCGUGCUUUGCAGGAAAAAGAGCUUCUUGAGAGGCAUAAUACAUGGCUUAAUGAGGAGUUGACGGCUAAGGUUGACAGUCUUAUCCAGCUGCGCAAAGCUCAUGGAGAGCUUGAGGCUGAUAUGAAUUCUAAGCUUGCUGAUGUAGAAAAUAAAUUUAAGGAGAGCUCUAGUUCAUUGAAAUUGCACAAGAAUAGAGUGAGGGAGUUGGAUGAAAAGCUUGCAUCCACAGAAAGGGAGUUGUUGUCAACUAAGGAUGCAGCUGCGGCUGCAGAGGAGCGUUUCUCUGCUGAAAUAGCUACAGUAAGCAAGCUUGUGGACUUGUAUAAGGAAAGUUCGGAGGAAUGGUCCAAGAAGGCAACCGAUCUUGAGGGAGUCAUUAAGGCUUUAGAAACUCACUUAAAUCAAAUUGAAAGUGAUUACAAAGAUAGGCUUGAAAAGGAAGAGUCUGCAAGGAAGGAAGUGGAAAAGGAGUCUGCUGGUCUAAAAGAGAAGCUUCAGACUACCACAGCAGAAUUGGAAACAUUAAGGAAAGAAAACAAGCUACAACUUCUUCCUCUGAGUAGUUUUACAACCGACUCGUGGGUAAACUCUGUUAAUACUGAUGAAAUGGGUGAAGAUGAUCGAGCAAUUGUACCUAGAAUCCCUUCUGGCGUUUCGGGAACAGCAUUAGCUGCUUCACUUCUCAGGGAUGGGUGGACUCUGGCUAAAAUGUAUUCCAAAUACCAAGAAGCUGUUGAUGCACUACGACAUGAGCAACUGGGAAGAAAACAAACCCAAGCUAUCUUGGAGCGUGUGCUUUAUGAAAUAGAAGAAAAAGCAGGAGUGAUCAUGGAUGAACGAGAGGAACAUGAGAGGCUUGUUGAGGCAUAUUCUGCUUUAAAUGAAAAACUGCAGCAUUCACUGUCUGAGCAUUCUACUUUGCAGACAACCAUUCAGGAGCUGAAGGCUAGCUUAAAGAGGCAGGAACGUGACUAUGUGGUUGCUCAGAAGGAGAUAGGUGACCUCCAAAAGCAGGUGGCUGUCCUUUUAAAGGAGUGUCGAGAUGUUCAGUUGCGUUGUGGAUCUGUUGCUCGUUAUAAUGAUGAUGAGCUGAUCACUGGUCCUGCUGUACCUUUGAAUGCUGAAUCUAAUACUGAAAAUAUCAUAUCUGAACGGCUGUUGACCUUCAAGGAUAUAAAUGGAUUAGUUGAACAAAAUGUCCAGUUGCGGAGUCUUGUUCGCAACCUUUCUGACCAAAUUGAGGAGAAAGAAGCAGAGUUGAAGGAUAAGUAUGAGAAAGAGCUUCAGAAGCAUACAGAGGAGGCUGCAUCUAAAGUUAACGCAGUAUUACUGAAAGCAGAGGAACAGGCAACAAUGAUUGAAUCACUUCAUAGCGCUGUGGCGAUGUACAAGAAAUUAUAUGAAGAGGAACAUAAACUUCGUGCUCAUACUACUCAUCCUCAAGAAGCAGUUCCAGAACGAGGAAGCAUGGAGAUCAUGCCUUUACGUGCAAUUAGUUAUGAUUCAUCAAAAGAAGUGCAAGAGCAGGCUUUGGAGCGCCUGAAGAAUCUUGAAGAAGAUUUAGCUAAAUCUAGGAAUGACAUAAUAUCACUGCGAGCUGAACGUGACAAGUUAGCCCUAGAAGCACAAUUUGCACAAGAAAAACUUGCCCGAUUUAUGAAGGAAUUUGAGCAUCAGAGAGAAGAACAUAAUGGACUUAUAGCCAGAAACGUUGAGUUCUCACAGUUGGUAGUUGACUACCAGAGAAAGCUGCGUGAAAGUGCUGAGUCGGUGGAUGUGUCCAAUGAACUUUCGCGAAAGUUAACAAUGGAGGUAUCAAUAUUGAAGCAUGAAAAGGAAAUACUGCAGAACUCUGAAAAGAGAGCAUCUGAUGAAGUUCGUAGUUUGUCAGAGAGAGUUCACCGGUUGCAGGCUAGUUUAGACACCAUACAGAGUACCGAGGAAGUGCGCGAGGAUGCCAGAGCUAUUGAAAGGAGAAAGCAAGAGGAGUAUAUCCACAAAAUUGAGAGAGAAUGGGCUGAGGCAAAGAGGGAGCUUCAAGAAGAGCGAGAUAAUGUUCGGAGUCUCACUCUUGAGCGUGAAAGCACCUUGAAGAAUGCUUUGAGACAAGUUGAGGAAUUGAAUAAAGAAUUGGCUAGUGCCUUGCAGUCGGUGGCAAUUGCUGAGUCUAAGGCUGCAGUUGCAGAGGCUCGUUGCUCUGAUUUGGAAAAGAUUAUGGAAUCUGGAAGAACAAAGGAUCGUGAUGGUGCAGAUGGUCCAUCCUCUUCUACUGAAAAGAUGUUGGCGAAUUUCCGGGAUGAAAUUGAAAAAUGGAGAGGGGAAGCACAGGCUAGCAAAGAUCACAUGCUUCAGUACAAGAGCAUAGCGCAAGUCAAUGAAGAAGCACUCAAACAGAUGGAGCUGGCCCAUGAGAAUUUUAGAAAUGAGGCUGAUGAAGUUAAGAGAUCUUUAGAAGCUGAGCUUCAUUCACUUAGAGAACGCAUCAACGAGCUUGAAAGUGAAUGUAAACUGAAGACCGAGGAAGCAAUUUCUGCAACUGCUGGGAAAGAAGAGGCCCUUGCUGGUGCUUUGUCUGAAAUUGCUAAUCUGAAGGAUGAUUGUUCUGUUAAAAUGUCACAGAUUGUGGUAAUGGAAUCAAGAAUCUCUGCCUUAAAAGAGGAUUUGGAGAGAGAGCACCAAAGAUGGCGAAGUGCUCAAGAUAAUUAUGAAAGACAGGUUAUUCUACAGUCAGAAACAAUUCAAGAGUUGACAAAAACAUCACAAGCUUUGGCUUCAGCUCAAGAAGAGACAACUGAGCUCCGUAAAGUGGUGGAUGCUCUCAAAACUGAAAACAUUGACCUGAAGUCGAAAUGGGAAAUAGAAAAGUUAGCUAUAGAAGCUUAUAAGAAUGAAGCAGAUAAGAAAUACAGUGAAGUCAAUGAACUGAACAAGAUGCUUCACAGUCGACUUGAGGCCUUGCACAUCAGAUUAGCAGAGAAGGAACGUGGAAUAGCUUCUGGAAGCAGUUCCCAGAGUUUUGCUGAUGAUGAUGGGCUGCAAAAUGUGGUGAAUUAUCUUCGACGGACAAAGGAAAUAGCUGAAACAGAGAUCUCAUUGUUGAAGCAAGAAAAGCUACGUUUGCAAUCUCAGCUAGAGGUUGCUUUGAAGUCAGCUGAGAAUGCACAAACAUCGCUAAAUACAGAGCUAGCAAAAGCACGAGCAUCUUUAUUCACAGAUGACGAGUUCAAGUCUCUUCAACUACAGGUUAGAGAACUAACUUUACUUCGUGAAAGCAACAUGCAGCUCAGAGAGGAGAAUCGGCAUAACUUUGAAGAAUGCCAGAAGCUUCGUGAAGCAUUGCAGAAUGUUAGGAUUGAAACGGAGAAUUUGGAGAAGCUUCUUAGAGAUAGAGACACUGAGUUGGAAGGUUAUAGAAAGGAAAUUGAAAUUCUAAAGAUGGAAAAAGUGCAUCUUGAAAAGAGAACUGAUGAGUUGGUGGAGAAGUGCAAUAAUGUUGAUCUUGAUGAUUACAAUCGUCUGAAAGAAUCUUUUCAGCAAAUUCAGGUCAGUUUAAGAGAGAGAGAUUCACAGUUAGAGGAAACUAAGAAACUUUUAUCAGAAAAGCAGGAUGCUAUAUCACUUUUAGAGCGAGACCUUGCCAGAAGCAGAACAGAAUUGAACGAAAGAGAGACGAGGAUUAAUGAAAUCUUGCAAGCUGAGGCUUCUCUGAAGUCUGAGGCUGAAAAAAUGAGGCGACUAAGUCUUCAGGCAAGGAGAAAGUCUGAACAAUUAUUGAAGGAAAAAGAGGAGAUGAGCAAAGAAAUGCAGGCCUUUUCCAAACAAUUAGAGGAGGCCAGACAGGUAAAAAGAAAUACAGUGGACCUUGCAGGUGAACAGGCUCUGAGGGAAAAGGAGAAGGAGAAAGACACCAGAAUACAAAUUCUGGAGAAAACACUUGAGAGGCACAGGGAGGACCUGAAGAAGGAGAAGGAAGAUCAUCAUAAAGAAAAAGAAAAAAGUCAGAAGAUACGGAAAACAAUUAUUGAAUCUCGUGAGAUUGUUACUCAGCAGAAGACAAAGCUCUCAGACGAGCUGAAGAAGCAUAAAGAAGCUUUGAGAGCGCUUCAAGAUGAAGUGGAGAAAUUGAAGAACUCCGGAGGUAGUCAGACGGAAAGUACAUCUGUGGGCCAAGAUUUUUCCAGUACUCUUUUGGAGGACUUUGCCUCUGCAUAUUACCAGGCUGUAGAGAAUUUUGAACAGGUUGCACAACCAGCUUGUGGCGAGCUAGAUUCUGCCACCACUGACACUCCUCUGGAUAAUGCAUCAUCUGCUGGUGCUCCGGUUGGUCAAGCAGUCACUUCAUUGACUCAAACCCCUGCAGUGUCAGCUGCAAAUAUUCCUCCGACUAGAACAAAUGAAGAGAGAAGACUUGCUGUAGCUAAGGCAAACAUUAAAAUGGGAAGGAAACUAGUCCGUCCUAAUAUUACAAAGCCCAAGGAACCUCAAGGUGAUGUGGAGAUGUCAGAAGCAGAUGAGUCUAACAUCGGGUUGUCAUCCCAGAAUACAGAAAGUCAAGGAAAUGUAACUGGCCUGGCAACAGCGUCUGCGCGUAAACGCCCAUCAGCUUCAGUUUCUUCUGAUCUGCAAGAUGAGAUGCUAGCUCCAGAAGAAACAAGCUCUGAUACGCCAGCUCCUCUGCUGAAAAAGUCAAAAGCUUCAGAGAGCGCACAAGAGGGUGGUGAAGAACCAUCAGCUGCUCCUGUGAAGCUUUCGGAAGUUGUACCCAUUGAGGAAUCAUCAGAUGAUGCCGGAAACCUUCAGCAAGGCAUUAAUAAGGAGGAGCAUGCUGAUGCUGAAAGGGAAGAUUUUGAGACUGCAGGUGAGCAAGUGGAAGAGCCAACAACGGAUGAACAAACUCAGGCCGAGCUAUUGAGCGACACAGGUGAAGUUGCAGAAGAAAAACUGGACAAACCAAGUGAAACUCUGGUAUCUGAUGAUCAAUUGAGAGAUCAAACUGAACAGGACAUCCAGCAAAUAGUUACAGAAUCUGGUGGUGAGAGAGAAGAGGGAGAACUUGUUGCGGACUUUGCUGAUAAUGAUGGUGAUAGCAAUGUAUUUAAUGAGAUGGGGGCCUCUGAAAUUGGAGAAUUUCAGCCAGAACAAUCCGUAGAACGGGAGAAUUCUCCCAUUGCUGAACCAUUAGCUUCAGCGAGCUUAGAAGCAGGGGAGAUUGAUCCUUCUGAAACCCCAGAGGAAGAUAAGAAUGUUGACAUGACUGAGAGCAUGCUUGAUAGUUCUAUUAAGCUUAAUAAUAAUGCGGAUCAAAUUGCAGAAACGAGUCAGGUCCCUGGAUCUUCUAUUGCGACUACCACUGAUGAAGUGUCAGUUAGCACUUCUGUUGAUGCCGCCGGGUCUUCAGAACAAGGUGGGUCUGCUCCUACAUCUUCAGAACAAGGUGGGCCUGCUCCCACACCAGAUGCAGGUGCGAAACCAGUAUCACCUCUGAAUAGCUCAACGACCAUUAAUCUACAGGAGAGAGCAAGGCAAAGAGCACAUCUGAGACAGGCUGGCUUGAUUGCUUCUUCCCCCAGCAGAGCCCGUGGCAGGGCCAUCCGUGGUCGUGGUGCACGUGGUGGCCGUACUCCACGUGGGCAAUCACCUUCCUAGGAAGGUCAGUACUUGAUCCUGGUUUUACUUUUGAUUGAUACUAUGUCGAUUAUCCCAUAGAGGAGAAUCCUGGAAGCUGGAAAGAUUUUAACUUUUAGCGGUGUUGAUGAAUUCAUGUUUUAGAUGUGCUCAUAUUAUGUAAUGAUUUCUUUAAAUUUCAUCUCAUUUUUGUUUCUGUGGUUUUAAGCGUAUUUAUGUAUUCAUCCAUCUUAUCUAUCAAUGAUGUGUGUGUAUUAGA